CAUACAAACAGCGUUUGUUAUUUCCCUUAAUCACUUAAUCGUUAGACAAUGAAGGCACGGAAAUUACUUAAUUGCUUGUUAGCAACGUUUUAGGCGUGGUAUAUACUCACGCAGCCCUUGUUUUCUUAGGCCUCUUCAUAUAUGGAGACCACCUCUUUCUGCAUCUCUUUCUUCUCCUUGCUGUUGAUCAUAUUCUUCUUAUUCUACUACUACUGCUACAGAGGACAGCAUAGUAUUGACGGAAAAGAGGGAGCACCCGCUCCUCCCGGGAGAUGGGGAUGGCCUGUCGUAGGAGAAAGCCUAGAGUUUUUGUCGAAUGGGUGGAAAGGGGAGCCGGAGAAGUUCAUAUUCAGUCGGAUGUCAAAAUAUUCGUCGUCUGUCUUCAAGACAUACCUGCUUGGAGAAGCCACAGUGGUAAUGUGCGGCUCUGAUUCAAACAAAUUCUUGUUUUCUAACGAGAACAAGCUGGUUCAAGCCUGGUGGCCGUCUUCUGUGGACAAGAUAUUCCCCUUUUCCAAGUUGCAGACAUCUUCCAAUGAAGAAGCCAUCAAGAUGCGGAAAAUGCUACCAAACUUCUUGAAGCCGGAGGCAUUGAGGCAGUACGUUGGGAUCAUGGAUCACAUCACUGGGAAACACUUCGCCUCUGAGUGGGAAAACAAGGACGCGGUCCAUGUGUUCCCCCUCACCAAAAAACUCACCUUCUGGCUAGCUUGUCGAAUCUUCAUCAACGUGGAGGAUCCCGGGGAAGUGGCUGGAUUGGCAAAGCACUUCGAUGUCCUUGCAACAGGAAUACUGUCAGUCCCUAUUGACCUCCCGGGGACACCAUUCAGGAGAGCUAUAAAGGCUUCAAAUCAAUUAAGGAAAGAGCUCAUCAAGAUCAUAAACCAACGGAAGAUUGACUGCAGCCGUCUGACAAAGGCCUCAGAAGAUAUAUUGUGGCACAUGUUGAAUACAGCCGACGACAAUGGAACAUACAUGAAUGAGCUGGAUAUAGCCGACAAGAUACUAGGGUUGCUGGUAGGGGGUCAUGACACCGCGAGCUCUGCCUGUGCCUUCAUUGUCAAGUAUCUCAUCGACCUCCCUCACGUUUAUCACGGAGUCUACCAAGAACAAAUGGAGAUAGCGGAACUGAAAGGACAAGGAGAAUUACUCAACUGGGAUGAUGUGCAGAAGAUGAAGUACUCUUGGUGCGUCGCGUGUGAAGUCCUCAGACUGGUGCCUCCUCUCCAGGGAACUUUCAGACAAGCCUUGACGGAUUUCACCUUCAAUGGUUUCUCAAUCCCGAAGGGAUGGAAGCUUUACUGGAAUGCUCACUCAACGCAUAAAAACCCAGAAUUCUUCUCAGAGCCUGAGAUAUUUGAUCCAUCGAGAUUCGAAGGCAGAGGGCCAGCGCCAUACACAUUCGUUCCAUUCGGAGGAGGGCCUAGAAUGUGUCCGGGGAAAGAGUACGCGAGACUGGAGAUACUGGUGUUUAUUCACCACCUGGUGAAGAGAUUCCGGUGGGAGAAGCUAAUUGCUGACGAAGAAAUUGUGGUAAAUCCAUUUCCAGUCCCAGCAAAUGGCCUUCCUGUUCGACUCUUUCCUCACAACCACAGAAUCUGAUUUUCUGAUUUCCAUCCCUUUGAUUAGGAUUUCAGAUAUGUAUAGAUCUACCAUUUGCUUCUCUUAAUCACAUUUGUGUUAAAUGUUAUGAUCCUUUUUUUCAAUUUUUUAAUUUCUUUGGAUCAUCUGUAGGAUUAAUCUCUCUAAAAUUGUAUUGCUGGGAAACCUCUUGCACCACCAGAGGUAUUUUAUAAAUAUAUAUACCUUUAUGAUUUUAAUUUU